UUCUCUUCCUGGGGCUCAGUGAGACACGCGCCGCGGUUCGGUUUCCUGCCACGCUCGCGUCGCAGUCCUCUGUGAAGCAGAGCUUAGAAGUUUAGAACAAGAACAACCUCGAGGGAUGCCCCCGGGCAAACUUUCAAUUUUCAAAGUCUCAAAACAAUACUGUUUUUUGAAAACGAAAAAGCUUUUGCUUUCGGAGAACAAUCGCAACGACCUCCAUUUACCGAGUUUCUCUCUCUGUCUACAGCUCUCGCAAUCCCAUUUACUGCUCUCUGUACGGACGGACGCCAUUGUCAUUUGCUUCUGAAACUUGUGUAGAGAACGAGAGAGAGCGAGAGACAGAGGAAGAUGAAUGUGGUGGGGAGGCAGGCUGGGAGAUCUGGCGCGACGGCGCACCACCAGCGUCAGUACUCCGACAAUUUUCUGGAAGUGUCUUCCAAUAGCCGGUGGCUUCAAUCAGCUGGUCUUCAUCACCUCCAGUCUUCUAGUGCCGCAAUUCCUGCUCUGCAGGAUUUUGGGUUCUAUGGCGGAGGAGUUCAGGGAUCGAGAUUGGGCAGGAAUGGGCAGAGGAGCGGUAAUGAGCUGUCGUCGGAUUCUUCGACGCUGCCGGUUUGUUCUCGGUCGUCGAGUACGAGGAAGAUCGACGACGAUGUGUCGCCCAAAGAAUUCAGCCCUGGGCUGCUGGAUCUGCAUUCUCUGGAUACCGAGCUACUUUCAGAGAUGCCUGUUUCUGGUGCAUAUCGUGUGUUGUCAUUUCAUCAGCCUGGUCGUGGUAAAAGCUUUGAUGACUCUGAUCCACAUCUCUUUACCAACAAACUAACCAACAAAGCCCGCGGUUUGCCAGAGAAUAUCCUUCUUAAAAGUUUUUCAGCAGAUAAAGAGAAGGCUAGUAAUGUUGCUAAGAUCAAAGUUGUGGUGCGUAAGAGACCACUAAACAAAAGGGAAAUAGCUAAAAAAGAGGAAGACAUUAUAACCAUAGAGCCAAAUAUUAAUUCUCUCACAGUUCAUGAAACAAAACUCAAGGUUGACCUGACAGAAUAUGUUGAGAAACAUGAAUUUUUGUUUGAUGCUGUACUGAAUGAAGAUGUUUCGAACGAAGAGGUCUACUCUGAGACAGUGGAGCCCAUAGUUCCAAUACUUUUUCAUCGAACAAAAGCAACUUGCUUUGCUUAUGGACAGACAGGGAGCGGAAAGACUUAUACUAUGCAGCCAUUGCCCCUCAAAGCAUCCCAAGAUAUUUUAAGAUUAAUGCACCACACAUACCACAACCAAGGCUUCCAACUGUUUGUCAGUUUCUUUGAGAUAUAUGGGGGAAAACUUUUUGAUCUCCUUAAUGAUCGGAGAAAGCUUUGCAUGAGGGAGGAUGGGAAACAGCAGGUCUGCAUUGUGGGUGUGCAAGAACACAGAGUUUCUACUGUUGAGACAAUCAAGGAGUUGAUUGAGAAAGGCAAUGCUUCGAGAAGUACUGGUACAACUGGUGCAAAUGAGGAAUCCUCCCGGUCACAUGCUAUACUUCAGCUUGCAAUAAAGAGAUCUGUUGAUGGCAGUGAGUUGAAGCCUCCUCGACUUGUUGGGAAGCUUUCAUUUAUAGAUCUGGCUGGUAGUGAACGCGGUGCAGAUACCACUGACAAUGAUAGACAGACAAGAAUGGAAGGGGCUGAAAUUAAUAAAAGCUUGCUUGCUUUGAAAGAGUGCAUUAGAGCUCUUGACAGUGACCAGGGUCAUAUUCCUUUCAGAGGGAGUAAGCUUACAGAAGUUCUUAGAGAUUCAUUUGUGGGCGAAUCACGUACCGUUAUGAUCUCCUGCAUUUCACCAAGCUCAGGAUCAUGUGAGCAUACUAUUAACACUCUAAGAUACGCUGACAGGGUCAAGAGUCUUUCAAAAGGGAACAGCUCCAGGAAGGACAUGUUGUCUUCGCCCUUAAACCUUAGAGAUUCAACUGCAUUGCCCUUAUCUUCAGUCUUACCAAUUGUGCCAAACCUUGAGGAUAACAUAACUGAUUUUUCCACCGAAGAAAUCUUUGGAUGGCCCAAACAGGCUGUUAGAGAAAACUCUCUGCCUUUUAAUGUGGAUCGAGUUCCAAGUGGAAGGGCGGAGGGCAAUUUGACUGCAUCUUCGUACUCAGAUUAUUGCAAGGGUCAGGGAGGCAGUCAGAAUGAUGUACCUGAAGAUGAUCUUGACUACUCAGAGCAGGCCCAUGAACAAGAUAUAUUAUCAUGGAUGAAGAACAAAAAGGUUGAAUCCCACCACAUAUCAGCUAUUGAUGGCAGGUUGAGGAGAACCGAGGCUUGGACAAGUCAAAAGGAUAUGCCAGACUUUGACUGUCAGUCAGAUGAUGAUCUGAAUGCCUUAUUGAAGGAAGAGGAAGAUCUUGUAUCUGCUCACCAAAAACAAGUGGAGGAGACGAUAGAUAUAGUUAGGGAGGAGAUGAAUCUCUUGGCCGAAGCUGACAAACCAGGCAAUCAUUUGGACGAUUACAUCUCUAGAUUGAACGCUAUUCUGUCUCAAAAGGCUGAAGGAAUUUUACGACUGCAAACCCGCUUGGCUCACUUUCAGAGGCGGUUAAGGGAGCAUAGUGUCUUCGUUUCUUCUUCUAAUGAUUAAUCUCUUAUUCCACUGCGUCUGGUGGAAGAGAUCAGUUAUAGAGGGAACUUCGUGAAAAGCACGCUGCAUUUGGGGGGCGGGGGUGUGAUGUAUUUUGUAUCUCACAAGAUUUCAUGCUUGGUUGCAUUAUUUUUUCUCGGGGUGAUGAUUUCUAUGGAGGGUGAGUGUGGUGGAGUGAAUUUAUUGUUGCUGUUUUACUCAAUUGCUGCUGUGACAUUUUUGAGUUACAGAAGAAAAUAUUGCCAGUUAUUUGUAUAGCUCUGUGGCAGUGUAAUUUAAUUAUAGUAAGUCUGUCCUCUUCGGAUGUAACUAUUUUAAAAUGCUAGCUUGUAAAUUUCCAGCAACGUCGUUUCUUAGGCGCCAUUUUCAACAUAUAGUAUAAGCCUUCAGUAUUCAGGGGGGAAUUCUUUA